AUGUUAGCGGGCAGAGUUGGUCAAAGAAAAGUUCUUGAGGUUCUUGUUCAACAUGGCGCCAAGUGUGGUUUACAAGGUAUUAUUACAGGAGGAACUGCCUUGGAACAUGUAAUCAAAGGGUGUCGUUCCGAGGUUAUCCCUCACGUCAUCAAGAAUCUAGUCAGGUUGGGAGCUAAAGUAGAUGCCCGCGGGAAAGCGGGACAUACACCUCUACUAGCCGCUGUUAGCGAUAACCACAUCAGACCUGCGCUCCCAGCUGUGAAGCAAUUGCUUGAUUGUGGCGCAGAACUUGAAGCCACAGAAUUGCGAGACAGAAUAGCAUGGGUAUUGGCUUCUUGUUGGGGCCGCGACAAUCUAGUCGAAUUUUUGCUAUGGAUCCGAAGAUCGCGUAGGCUGCAUGUUCCUGAAUAG